GCGCCUACAGUGGAGGAAUCAAGCGUCCCCAAACGCACACAGCGUAGAGGAGAGAACUGUGGAAAGGAGUUAACGGUUUCCUUUUUGCCCCCCCUACCACUAAAAUAACAAAGGCGAACCAAACGUGAAUUUAGGGGGACUCGAAAAGUGUUCUGCUCUCAAGGAGGAGGGAAGCGUGGGAUUGUAACAGCAAGUUUUCUUUUUUUUCUUUUUUUGCUCUCUUUUCUUAAAAGAGGAUUUUUGUGUGUUGUGCGGUGGUUUGUUGAACGUUCUCACCGCAAAGAUGAUGGUCGGAGAGGUCGAAGUGAAGGAGCGACCGAGGCCGAGUCCCGACUAUUUGAUGCAAUUAUUGAACGAGAAGAAGCUCAUGACGAGCUUGCCAAAUCUGUGCGGAAUCUUCACACACUUGGAGAGGCUUCUUGACGAAGAGAUCAACAGAGUGCGCAAAGACAUGUACAGCGACACAGUGAAUGGCCUUGUGGACAAACACCCGCUGGAGCUGCCUGAACCUAUGGGACCCAUCGUUCACCUCCAGGAAAAACUGUUUGUGCCUGUCAAAGAAUACCCAGAUUAUAACUUUGUCGGGAGAAUCCUUGGACCCCGAGGGCUCACUGCCAAACAAUUGGAAGCAGAAACAGGAUGCAAAAUCAUGGUGCGAGGAAAAAGCUCCAUGAGAGACAAAAAGAAGGAGGAGCAGAACAGAGGGAAGCCAAACUGGGAACACCUAAAUGAAGACCUACAUGUUCUAAUCACAGUGGAAGACACACAAACCAGAGCUGAAAUCAAGAUGAAGAGAGCGGUGGAGGAGGUCAAGAAGCUCCUUGUUCCCGCAGCGGAGGGCGAAGACAACUUGAAGAAGAUGCAGCUGAUGGAGUUGGCCAUCCUUAAUGGAACAUAUAGAGACAACAAUAUCAAAACACCCACCCUUGCGUUCUCUCUUGCAGCAGCGGCAGCAGCCGCUCAGGGCCCCCGCCUCAUAGCGGCCCCCACAGGUCAGGUGUUGCCUCCUCCAACACUCCGCCCCCCAACACCAGGCGGGGCGCCCAUCAUGAACCUCAUCCGGCCCACUCAGAUGGCUGCAAUGCUGCAAAAUGGCACCCCCACCCUGGUGCCUCCGACACCAGACGCUGGCCUAAUCUACACCACCCCUUAUGAUUACCCUUACGCCUUGGCACACACCUCCCUGCUGGAGUACCCCAUCGAGCACAGUGGGGUUCUAGGUAAGAGAGCCUGGGGGAGCAUGGGUGCAGCAGGUACAGCGACCAACUUUAGCCAUCCUGGACAGGAGGGCAGCUUGUUUUACCCCGGUGUCGGGGUGCUGGACGCAGCUUUCAUGAGCCACAGUCAGGACUUUUUGAAAGGUGCAAUGGCUACUAAAGUGAGACGGCAUGACACGCGGGUCCAUCCUUACCAAAGGAUUGUGACCGCUGACAGAGCCGCCACCGGCAACUAACACAUGACCUUCUGACCUCUGAACUCUUCACCCAAUGACGAGCCGCCCCAAGCCUGCCUGCUGAUCAGUUAACUGGUAAUUGCCUUUUGCUAGCCUCUCGGACGCAAGAGAGGACGAGAGCGGCGCCUGUCCGUAAAGUUACCCUAACUUUCUGACAAAACAAACACAAAAGAAAAGCUAGAAAUCGACUCCGACUCUUCACUGAAACGCAACAAAAGCCCAACAAAGUUGUGUAUUAUUGGUUUUGUUUUGUUUUUUUUCCCUGUGUUCAUUGAGUUUACUUCCCAUUCUUUCUCUUUCUUUUUCUUCAUGAAUCAGGGUGGGUGUGUUUGCAGUAAAUAUAUAUAUAUAUAUAUGUUCCUCAUGAAAUCUGCACUGAAUUAUAUAGCAAUAAAGCCCCCCACCCCACCCCUCCCAACCAACCAACCAACCAGCCGACCGACCGACCCCACCCCACCCCGUUGGAACCGCUCUGAUUCGGUGACCUCAUUCAUGUCAAAGUCGAACAUCUUAAGAAAGUGACGCAAGCCAUUUGGUUUCAGAGUAAAAGCAGAGUCACCUCUGGAUGCACCCGACCCCUCCCUACUCAAACAUGCCCCACACCCCACCCCGCCCCCCACCAGUAAAACACCCACCUAAUGCAAGAGAAAAAGAAAUGGAGGGAAAGAGAACACUCACAAUAACUGUCAUUUUUCACAUGUAUUUCAGUUGUUGAGCUCUGUGUUGUAAUGAUAAGCUGACACAUUCUGGGUGUGCCCCUCUAAACAGCUUUCUGUCUGUUUUUAAAAAAAGCAUGGCCUAAAUGAUUGCAGAAGGAGCUUUGAUUUUUUUAUGAUUUAUGUGUUUUUAUUUCCCCCUCCCCCUUCUGUCUUGUUUUAAUGCUUUUUUUUUUGUUUUUUAAGUUCCUUUUCUCCUCUCAAAUUUGGUUUUGCUGUUCACAUUUGGACUCAUCGGCCCGGCUCUUGAGCAGAAUCGCGUUAAAACCACGUCGAUCUAAAGCAAAAGCAGCGUCCCGUUUGAGGCAGGCUGCAGCAAACAACCACAGGAUGGAAGGCGAGCUGGGAGGGAGGGUCAGCGUUUGGGUUGUUGGGUCUGUGCGCAUGUGUGUGCGUGUGUGUGUGCGUGUGUGUGCUUUUUAAUGAUACUACAUUGAAAGUAGGGUACGGUGAGGCGUCGGGGCUACGCCCCCGUCCACACUACACCCACUCUACAGUGCCUGAUGUAUUUAGAAAAAAGAAAAUAUCUCAAGUUAGCUGAGCUGUGAUAACAAAAAAAAAGUAUUGUGUGCAUAUUUAGCCAAAGGGUUCUCCAGUGAGUUAUAUAUCUGCAAUUAUGCAUUUGUCUCAUAGAGGGCUCUCCUUGUGAUAGAGGAGUUUGCCGCCUGUUUUUUUUUUUUUUUUUUUUUUAGCUGAAACAGACGGUCGGAUGAGUUUGGACCCGUUUUACUGCUCAGUCCCUUUUCCACAGGCGUUUAACACUAAAUAACAGGCUAAUGAAAAUAACCGUAGGAACAAGGACACUGAUGUGGUGGACAUGAAACCAACAAAUCAUAUCGGUUGCACUGAAAAGCAGCCGUUUCUUUAUUAUUUUCUUUUUUUUUUAGCUCAAAUUUGGACAAUUUGUGCUGAUUUAUGUUUAACCCUAGUGGGUCGUAUUACGUCAUUUUGGGUGCUCAUAAUCGAAGCCCUUUCUUCUUUUUCGUUUUUGUUCAGCAUGUUUGCGUUUUGUCAUCACACGACCAUCCCAAAAGUGCAUCCACAAUGUGUCACACCUUCCUCUGGUCUUGUUCAACUUUCUCAAGAAAAAUAGGAUGUGAAAGCCAUGCCUGCCUGUUCAAAUUGCUUUAUACAUAUGUCUCACACGUAUAUAUAAGACUAUAAAUACAAAUGUAGAUAUGUCAUUGCAGAAGAGAACAAAAAAAGAGAUAAUUUUACAGGGUGCUGGAGAGAAAAAAAAAAUUUGAAAAAUCUAUUUUUGCCAAUUUUAGCUUUUGAUACUUUACUUGCAGUUACAAAAAUCAUAAAGAAAAAAAAAAAGUUCCAAACAAUAUAGAAGACAACCGUCAAAGCGAGUGGGUGAGGAAUAAAAAAAAAAAAUUGAAGUGCUAAAUCGGAUUGAAGACAAAGACCAAACCCUGGAAAGCUGGUUAAAUCAAGAGAGACGGACGUCUGGAAGGAUCAAACAAAGUGCCUUAUCAACAGUGGUUUCUGUUUCCUAGUAUUCCAGUUGUGUUCAAUAGUAUCCAGCACCCACUAAGAUGGCGCAGAGAGGGAUGGGCUAGUGUUACACGCUCCCAAAGGCGGAGCAGGGGAGCGCCACCGCACGGUGGCGUUACCCAAGUUACUCUAUGCAAAAAGAAUAGCAGUCGUUGUGACCAGCUACAAAAAUGUGCCAUGGUUUUGUCUUCCUGAUUUAUUUUUUUCUUCUUCCUUUACUUGAUGGCCCUUUACUCUGCUGUUUGAGCAGCCUUUGUUGGUUUAUUUUAGGUUUUAAUGAUCAUAUGAAAUUAUGUAAUGAUUUGGUUUGUUUUUUGGUGACUGUGACUAACCUCUUGGAACAAAAUGAACUGCCAACAGCAACCAAGUUAUCUGCCAGAACAUAUUUUGACCAUGAGCUGAGAAAAAUGCAUAUGAAUCCAGAGAGUGGAUGGGAAAGUGGGGCCGCUUUGUUUCAACAGCUGAAAAAAAGCGAAAGCCUCGUCGUUUGACAACAAUCCAUCGAUACAACAAGGUAAUGGAGGACCCGGGCGCCGGUUAACGGCGUUUUCGGCUUUUGAAACAAGCGGCUGGAAGGUGGAACGAGGAAAUCUUUGAUCCGAUCCGAACCGCUGCACUCUGUUUUUCUAUUCAUAGUUCUUUCAUCAUGCUGUUACAACGAAAGGUCAAUGAUUUAUUUUUUUCCCUUUUUCAGUGUUAUUAUUUUGAAUUGAAAUGCAAUAUUAAAAUGGAGCAAGAGAUGGCAAUUCAGCAUUUGACAGUAUUAAGAAAAUUCCCUCUGCAAUGUUACAACAUGCUGUGUCAUUGUGAAAGGCUGGAUAAGUCCAUCAGGGGAAAGAUGACUCUAUCUAAAGAUCUACUCUCUCUGGCCUGCCUAAUACAUGUAUGAUAAUGUAAUUAAUAGCCAUUGUUACAGGUUUAUAAUGUAUUUUUCUAAUCUCAUUUUAUAUGUAUUAUAAUCAUGUUUCUGAGUAAAAAUUUUUUUUUUUUUUUUAAAUGAAACCCACUGCAACUCCUCUUCCUCCCCGACCUCUUCUUCAUCCUAGACUGUCUCUAGUGGGGAGUGUUGCCUUUUCCCUGUUUUGCUUUUCUUUUAUUUCAGUUUUUUUUUGCCAAAUCCCAGCUUGUUUAACUCAUUAGCUACUUUAUUAGUUUCCUUGUCAUAAGUAUUUUUACAUGCUUGCAUUUAGUUUUCACGGUGUAUGCUGUUAUUUUUCUUAUUAACCUCUUGGCAUUUAUUUUAAUAAAACAUUCUUAGUAAGAAUUUUACUAACUUGCUGAUAUUUUGUCUUGUGUUUUUAACCAGUCUCAUGAAUGUAUUUACCGGUCUGGUUCACGGACUAACACGAUUAAAACCAGCGUCUGACCCGCCCCCCCUCCUUCCGAGCGCCACACAUGGACACGCGUGCUCCACACAUUUAUAGUAAAAAACAGACAAAAAAGAAACACACACACACACACAAGAAACGGGAUGGGAAGAAGCUGCACGAGUGUCCACCCGUCCUUCCCUUCCGCUCACACUCUCCGUCCUCGCCGCGCUCCAGCACGGCUGCUGCGUCUGGCAUCUUCUGUCCCAAACAACUCUUCUAUGAUUUGUCGUGUCCCUCUGUCGCUGACCCCGAUGGGAUGGCAGGAAGUAACGGGGGUGUGAGCUGCACGCUGCUUCAGGUCACUCACAGCUUUCUGAGUCACUGGCUCACCUAUAAAAGAGGUUUUUUGAUUAAAAAAAACAUAUUUUCCAUUAAUAAUAAAAAAAAGUUUUGUUAAAGUCCACUAACCGUUAACCUUUGGAGCAAUAAUUACUGCACAUUAGUCCUGCUGUGAAAACAUAAAGCAGAUCAUCUCCUGAAUAAAUAAAGAGGUUUGUACAGCUGUUCCUCAGGGUAAGUUUCUCACUGACAGUUUUUUUGUUGCGCUCUGUUACGACUCGAUAGCGGCAUCACAAUUAUCCCGAGCUUUCAUCUGUUCCAAUUCAGCUUAUUCUGGUUCAAGCUAAUUCUGGGCCAUUCGGGAGCUUCUUUAACGCUCACAAACACAUCAGCUGCUUUGGGAUCAACACUGUUCCUUUUUUUUUCUGUGUUAAAGUGCUGAUUCGAGUUUUAGCAGCGUUUGUGCCCGGGUCCACUCAGCUUCUCUGUGUUUUUUUUUUGGUUUUUCCCUCCAACACAAGCAAAAGAUUAACUUUAUUAAUCCCGGUCCUUGUUUUUUAGCCACUGAACGGCGCCUCAACACCCUGUUUCUCUCCUCUUUGGGCACAAAAACGCUUGAUGUGCUGCAGCUCUUUUAACGUCUCAGCGAGUGAGGAACAAAAACGAAUCUAACAUCUAACAUCAAACUUCACUUUUCUCCUCUAAAAUCAACAUUUUUGUCUUUGAUCUGAAGAGGGGUUUUUUGUUUUUUACAACUCAAGCAGACAAAAGAAAGUUUUAAACAUUGAUUGAUUGCAGUGUGCACAUCCAUGGUCUUUUAUCCUAAAGCACAAUGUACAGCCCAUCAGGAGGUGCCUUUUUAGUCAGUUUACUGCCAUUUUUUCUGCUAUAAUAAUCUUUUUUUACCCAUUCAAUCUUAGAUAAGUUAAACUGGGAGAGUUUCACCAUGAAAACCUUCAGGCUUCAGGCAUCCAAUGGGAUCCACUGAAGCCCUAACAUGAAUCUCAGGCAGAUUUCUCUGUGCCUUUUCAAAUCUGUCACAGGGCAUUGUGCUUUUUAUUUUAUUUUUAUUAAAAUUUACUAACAGGCUUUUCUCGAUCUUUAAUUUCCUGUUUAACAAACAUUCCUCCAAUGAGUUAAACAGCAUGUUAAGCAGUCAGUGUUUUCCUCAGCGAUGUAUACUCAGGUGGUUAAUCAGUAAAAACUACCUAAACAAAAUGGGUAAACUUUUUCUUUAAGUCCCACUGGAGUUUUUGUGUCCUCUUCAUGCGUUUUCUUCUCCCUAAAAUUAUACUCGUAUGGAUAUAUACUGUAAGUUCCUCAUUCAUUUAGUGGUGCACUAAUACCUGUGAGAUUUUCUCAGUUUUUUUUGUUGAAUUGUUAUUUUACAUGUGAAGUAGAUUUUUGUGUGUUUUAUUGUUUUGAUGGAAGGAAACACUUUUUGAGAAGAGUGUAAUGCCAGUUUUUGUUGCUCACACCAAAAGGAAACAAAAAGAACCAGACAAAUGUCAAGUGUGCAAUAAAGAACCAUAUUUACAAGCUUC